CCUCCAUCUGCCCAGUGUCCCGCUGCUGCCGUCGCUCUGCUCUGCGGCGGCUUUUCGGCUCCUGCUGCCUCCAUCUCUGUCGCCGUCUCUCGCUCCCCCGGCCACUGCUGGGAACGAAUUCUGCCCUCCUUUCCUCUGCGACGCCCCCACUUCCUUGGCCCGCUCAGCCUGUUGCCAUACCUCUGUUGUGGCUCUGCCGCUCUGCUGUAACUGAUCGACCAGCAUCAUGGUUCAAGAGCCCUCUUCGCCUCCACCUGAUCUGCUGGCAUGGCUGUCGGACCAGCUCGUCCAGGAUCCGUCCCUGUCGCCGCUGCUGCGCAAUAUCCUGCUCCGAGAAGCCUCCCUCAUCCAUGCCUCGAAUGCGACAACUCCCAUGGACGUUGACGGUUUGGAUCCGCAGGAGCCUCCGCCGCCUUCGGGCGAAGAGACUCCAGGCAUUCAGCCGGUCGAUACUCCCUGGCACAGCUACCCGUGCUCCCCCGGUAGCAUGUGCUGCCCAUCCUCGCCGUCCCUCAACUACAACUCGCUGCUCUUUCGGACCCAUGACUCCACCAUCCAUAACCCGCUGCUCAAGCUCAUUGCACGGGUGCGGCUCCAACACAAUACUGUCCAGAGGGACCCUGCAUCUCCGCCAUUCGUACCGUCGGCGAGCCCGGACGGUAGCGAUCCCAUGGAUAUUGCCUUCGACGGCCGGGGUCCGAGCCCUGCGUCGUCGACCCCGUCAUCGCUCAUGUCCAUGGAGAUCCUGGGCUUCCAGCAGGCUUUCCCUCCGGACGUUCUCAUCCUGAUCUUCCAGAACCUCGAUGUCCCCACGUUCCUCCGUUGCCAGCAGGUCUGCCGGCACUGGUAUCUGCUUUCCCAUCAACUCGAAAAUGCCUUUUGGCCGCACUUUGUCCGCCGCGACUUUGCCCUUUCGCAGCCUCCCGAGCCCUACAGCACUGUCAAGGACUACUACAUAUCGCAACAGAACCUUCGGACCGGAAAGUGCCAGUACUAUAACGUCAAGCAGCGGUCGUUUGCGCUCGACGGGACUGCCGCAGAGCAGCUAUUCCUGCCGCUCUCUGGCGGUGACGACCAAUCAAGCGAGUCCAACGAGUCGAUCGGCUCCAUAAUCGAAGACGCCAGCUCCACCCCGUUCCAGACGCCCCCGCAGGACCUCUCGCCACCCUCUCGCCCCGAUUCGGCCUUUGCCGAGUCGUCGCCCAUGACCCCCGCCCCAGAGCUGGCGCAGGCUUCGCGAUCCUACCUGUUUGCAUGGCCCCUUUACCCGUACUAUGCGUACCAGGUCGCGCUCGAUCACAAUCGCCUGUGCUGGAUCAACUCCUCGACCAAGCGCGUGUACAUGGAGUACCUGGACUCGGCGCCUCCGCCCUCGAACCGCCCGCGGCCUCCAAAGUCCGUCCAAGUGUCGAGUCUAUCCGGCCAGGAGCAGCUCAUGUUUGAGAUCCGGUCGUGUGGCAACCUGAUGGAGUUUGUCGGCCACACCCAAGCCGUGGCCCUGCUCCUUACCAACGGCGAGGGGCUCUUGUACAUGUUUGACGAUGCCUCGUACAUCAGCAUCUGGGAUCUGGAUCGCUUGGAGCUCCUCCAGCUGAUCGAUGCCACAACAGAAGACAUCAGCAGCAUGAACGUCUACAAGCGCAAGCUCGUGAUCGGCGGCCGGCACGGGCGAGUGACCGUCCGCGACGCCGACUCGGGCCAGAUCGAGCGCGUGCUGACCAUCCCUGAAUCGUACUUGGCCGACCAGGUCUUUGGCGUGCAGUCGCAGUUCAUGAACGUCGCCAUCUGGGAGGACAAGGUUGUGUACGGGCUCUACGACCAAACUUACUACCUGCACGACAUCAAGACGGGCGAGCUCCUGCACACGUUCCGCUGCGAUCUGGUCGUUCCCGAGCUGCGUGUGCCUUGUCUGGAUGACGCUCAGUGCGAGUCGCUGUAUACCCAACUCACGCGCAAACGGCUGCAGCCCUCGGGCGCAUCCGCGGGACGAUCGAGCCUGGCCCACCAGCCAAGCAUCGACGGCGCCGCCGAGAGCCCCGACCAGGACGAUGCUCUGGCUAUAUCGGAGGAGCAGAUGCUUGACUCUGUCUUUGAGCCAAAUCCCCUCGCCGAACAACCCAUGGCCGACCAAGUUACGACCGAGCAAGUCAUGACCGAGCAAGUCAUGACCGAGAACACCGGCGCAGAGCCCGAAGCCAGCGCCCUCGCGAGCACGGCUCCAACCCAGCCGCUUGUUGCAGAUGCGCCUGCUCUCGAGGCUGACUGCACAUGUCAAUUCUGCAGCCAGCAGCUCGAGUACUGGGAGAGCCGCAGCUGGCCGGCCCUGGCUGUAGCCAUCCGGAGCCUCCCCGAAAACCUCUUCACCAAGACCAAGGUGUCUCUCGCGGCCCUGGACCAAAAGAUCCUCGAGUGCAUGCAAGAGGGCCUCGACUUUGACGACAUCGAAGCCGACAUCGAGAACACAAAGAAGAUCAUCCUGUCGGGCCAGCACAUGUUCAGCUACCUGUACUGGCGGCUGUCUAGAAUCGAGGAUCUCGGCCAGUACAUUGCACAGUGCCCGCAGCCGCUGUCGACGCCAUCACGGCCAGUCUUACAGCCGUGCGUUACCUGGAUCGAGGAAACCAAGUCGCGGAUUCUGUCCAUCCUGACGGUGCUGAAAGCCUACAAUCUAUGCAUCGAUGUUGCACACAAGAAUCUGGAGCUGACUGGCGGCGGCAGCCAUCUGCGCGGCCCCAUGACGCUGGUCAUGAACAGCCAUGUGAUCCUCACGAACGGCAUCCUCUUUGAGGAGUUUUUCGUCUGGGACUCGCGGACGGGACAGCAGCUCUUCAAGAUGUGCGAUUCCGACGGCGGCGACCAUCCACCCUAUGCCCUCAGCGAGCUGCAUUUCAUGGAGCUCAACCGCGACAACACCAUGGCCUUUGGAAGCACGGCGUCGCCCGAGCACGAAGAGGCCGAUGGCGAAAGCGAGGUCGGUUCGCUUGUCUGUCUCGAUUUUCGGGCCGGCUCGCGGCGAGGGAACCGCCGGGUUGAGCGGCGAGUCACCAGCUUUGUCCCGGGCGACGGACACCGACACCAGAUCGAGUACUUUUUAUGUCUGGGUGAGCCGGCCUAAGGAGACACGAUUCGAGUGACACCACUGCCACCAAUGGCUCUUUCCCUCUCCUUGACUGCUCUUGUGGUGCUCUGCGUGCGCUGUAUCUUGCUCCUGUGCUCGUUCCUAUGUACGUAUGGAUGUGUGGAUGUGGGUGCUUGUAUGUGGAUGUGGUGUUUGGAUGUGGGUGUUUACUUCCCCUGCACUUCUGUACCUGGUUUAUUUCACGCCGGUUCGACCUGUUCCCUAACCAGAGACCUGUCAUUGCACCCGUGUGGAGCUGAGGGUGCGCUGCAAUAUGCCCUCGACUGCAAGUCGUCGAAUCCGUCCGCAUGGCUCUGUCGUUGUCCAGCCAACCCGCUUCUCUUUCCUUGUCGCUUCCGCCUGUACUCUGCAGCAGGAUAUAACCGCUUUCCCUCAAUAGCUGAUGACACUUUAGCCUUUCCAC